AAAAAGAAAGAAGGAAAAGAACCACCAUCAAACUUUUCUUUCCACUUGCAGGUUCAAACGACUUUUCUUUUCUUUAGUCCAUCGCACUCAUGCACACUAGAUUCUUGCUUAAAUGGCUAUACGUUUUCCCAGUUGGCUACUACCUUAACAACGACGCCAUCUCCUUGUCACUUUUCAGACGAAAGAAACUUGUCCAGGUUGUUAUCAUGGCUCCAAUUAGGAAGUAUCCUUCUGGGGCAUUAGUCCAGCUUCGAGCUGGGUCUCUACUCUUCUUGUUCGGCCUCUGCUACCUGGGUUACUCUUGGUUUAAAGUUUCCACGGCUAAAAAUGCUACUACUGACCCAUCUGAAGUUCGAGCGUUGAACUCAAUAUUCUCACAAUGGGAUACUCAAGCGGUGGCGCUGUGGAAUAUCAGUGGGGAGCCAUGCAGUGGAUCAGCCAUCAAUGGAACUGAAUUUGAGAGCCCUCCUAAUAACCCAGCCAUCAUUUGCGACUGUACUUAUGACAGUGGCACCACCUGCCAUAUUACCCAACUGAGAGUCUAUGCUCUAAACAAACGAGGAGUGUUUGCAAAGGAACUUUUGGCUUUGAGAUACCUGACCUUCUUGAAAAUCGAUCAGAAUUAUUUCACAGGUCCUCUACCAGCAUGGAUCGGCAAUAUGACUGCAUUGACAUUAUUGUCAAUUGCUCACAAUGCAUUCUCUGGGCCCAUCCCCAAGGAGCUUGGAAACCUCAAGGACUUAAAUAUGCUGUCCUUUGGAAUAAAUAACUUCUCCGGAACACUCCCUCCUGAACUUGGUAAUUUGGUCAAGCUUCAACAACUUUACAUAAACAGCUGCGGACUCGGUGGUGAAAUUCCUUCAACAUUUGCUAACCUCCGCAAUAUGCAAGUCCUAUGGGCAUCAGACAGUCCCUUUUCAGGAAGGAUACCUGAUUUCAUUGGGAAUUGGACAAAGAUAAACUCUCUGCGAUUUCAAGGGAACUCUUUUAGAGGUCCAAUACCGGCCAGUUUUUCUCAACUAACUGCCUUGAAUUCUCUGCGAAUCAGUGAUAUCUACAAUGUAAGCUCCUCUCUUGAUUUCAUAAAGAAUUUGAAGAACUUAACUGAUUUCACUUUUUGUUUUGUUUUCUAUAUCUUGUGGUCUAACAGAGCUCUACGAAAUGCAUUAAUUACUGGUAGCAUCCCUUCUGAUAUUGGAGAAUACCAAAGUUUACAGAUACUGGAUUUGAGUUUCAACAAUUUAACAGGUCAACUUCCAGGUGGCUUGUUCAACAUGAGUUCUCUAACAUACUUAUUUCUUGGAAACAAUAGCUUGCAGGGAGCUCUUCCUAGCCAAAAGAGUGAUAUUCUUCACACUAUAGAUUUGUCUUACAACUAUUUAUCAGGAAGUCUUCCCCCAUGGGUAACCUCAAUGUCACAGCUGAACUUAGUGGUAAACAACUUCACAUUCGACAGUUCAAACAUAAAUCUUCCUGGAUUAAAUUGCCUUCAAAGAAAUUUUCCAUGCAAUAGAAAUACCCCAAAAUAUGCAAAAUUCUCAAUCAACUGUGGUGGACUAGAACUGAGAGGGAGUGAUGACAUAUUGUAUGAGACUGAAGACUCAGCUCUUGGCCCAGCAACGUUUAAUGUAAGAGGUUCAGAGAAAUGGGCUGUUAGCAAUGUGGGUUUGUUUGCUGACAGAAAGAAUCCGAGCUUUGUGGUAAAUACCCUGGCACAAGUCAAUGGGACAGAUGUGACCCCAGAGCUUUUCCAGACCUCAAGGUUGUCUCCAGGAUCACUGAGAUACUAUGGCCUGGGUCUUGAGAAUGGGCCUUAUACUGUAAAAUUGCAAUUUGCAGAAACAGUUUUCGAUGAUCGUGCCUUGCAAACUUGGCAAAGUCUAGGACGGCGUAUGUUUGAUAUCUAUAUUCAGGGGAACCUUGUAUUGAAGGAUUUUGACAUAUCAAAGGAGGCAGGAGGGGUUUUAAGAGCUGUUGUGAAAACCUUCAGUGUUAAUGUUUCAGAGAAUUAUCUUGAAAUUCAUUUAUUCUGGGCUGGUAAGGGGACCUGCUGCACACCUGAUCAAGGUCAUUACGGCCCACUAAUAGCUGCUGUGCAUGCUGCUUCAGAUUUUACACCAACUGUUUCUGGUUCUCCACCAACUACUCUAGGAAUGAAGAGCAGGACAGGGCUGAUGGGUAUUCUGGUUCCUUUUGGAGUUUUGGUGUUGCUAGUUAUAAUUUGAUGUAGAACAUGUGGCUGGAUUGUUUAUGGUUAAUGGAACCGCCAGAAUUCGAUUCAGAAAUGAUCCAUCAUCAUUGUAUAAUGAAGAUUCAUUAUGCAUUACUUCAUUUUUGAUGAAGAAAGUGUAUUAAUCGUUUAAGAUAUUGGUUACAUUUAGAUUAAGGGGAUGAACCUAAAGUUUAAUUCCUAAAAUAAGUCUACGUACUGAUCAGUUCUAGUUUUGCCCUGA